AUGGCUAUGUUCGGGAUGAUGCAGCAGCAGAUCUCAAAGCUUUACUCUCACACCGGCAUAGCUCCCCAGCAGCCAGGACUUCAGGGAGGAGCCGCACCACUUGCAGUUACACCAGCUCCAGCUCCAAUCCCGACUCAGGCUGCCUCUUCAGCGACGCCAGAGACCAUCUUCUCGAUGUCUGAUCUACUUGGGUCUGCUGGUCGUCCGAUCUACUCACCGAUGCCUGCGACGACUCUGUUCCACGACACUCCGACAGUUGUACAGUCAGUCGCACUCCCCAGCGCACCACAGGCAGCACCUUCAGGGGGAGGAGCAGAGGUGUCCUUACUUCCUCAGUCCAUGCAGCCGGCAGCAUCAGCGGUGACUACUUCAGAGGCAGACACCACCUCAGCUGACCCGACGGUGACUUCGACGGACCCUCUGCCCGGUAGUGCCAGCACUCGAGCUUCUACCACAGCUUCUACCACCGCGACACCACCAGUCAGCUCGGAUCCUCCACUCCCGUCAGUUACAAAGGGCUCACCAUCAAACGAUGAUGAUGAUGAUGACAACCCGGACCAGUUUGUGGCCGUGCCUCGUCAGCAGGGCCCCUAG